CUUUGAAGAUCUAUUCUCACCAGCCGCCGACCCAUGGGAGCGGAUCUAUCCUCACCGACACCUAACUUGGAGUCAGUUUUAGAGGGCGUUGGCCCAGAUAUGCGGGGUAAGCUCCCCCCGCACCUUGCCAAAAUGACGUCGAGGAAUCUCAGGUUCCGACACGUGGCAAUUUGGCGAGAUCCUUUUCUUGGUGGAACCAUUGACCACCACACGGUGGUCUAUGAGUAUUUGGAUGGGAGAAGGCUGAUGAGCUUGAAGCUGGACUGGGGCCGUGAUGGUCUGCACUUUCAUGACAGCCCGGAGGACCCUUGCCCAAAUGGCGAUGUUUUAGAGCGGAAGUGGUGUGCACGCCUGACUCCGGCUGAAGUUCUGAUUCACUGGGAUGCCGUGAAGGAAAAAGACUACGAGCUAUCACGUUGGAACUGCCAACACUUCAGCAAGUACAUGUACCAAAAGGCAGAUGAAGGCGGAGCCGACAUGGUGGCAACCGAACCACGGUGAGCCGAUUCCCUCGAUACCAGAAGCACAAUUGCUCUGCUUGUUGCAUGCUGCUUGUCCCUGAGACGAUCCAGUGCUUCGAGUAUGCUAGGGAAGGUGUACAAAGUUCCAAAGUCUGAAGAUGCAGUUGAAUGUUCAAUGGGGUCAGCGAAACCAAUUGUUAGUCAAGCUGAGCCAUUUUGGAUUUCAGAACAUUUAGAACUCUUCAGGUGCCUUUCACUGCCGC